AGGACCUGAAGACCAUCUGUGGUGAAGAGGAAGAAACCAAGACGUGAAGUGAGAGCUGAUGAUGGCCGAAGCCCAGCUGUUUGGAUUACAGGACGAGAUCACCUGCCCGGUGUGUCUGGACACCCUGAGUGACCCUGUCUCCAUCCUCUGUGGUCACAGUUUCUGUCUGAAGUGCCUCACUGACUACUGGGAUCUAAGCCAACUGUGCAGAUGUCCUCAGUGCAGAAGAACCUUCACCACAAGGCCUGAACUUCACAGGAACACCGUGCUGAAUGAGCUGGUCAAGAAAAUAAAGAAGCCGAGAAUCAGUCCUCACUCAUCUCAGAAUUAUGUUGACCCUGGAGACGUGGAGUGUGACAUCUGUACUGGGAACAAGUCCAGAGCGAUGAAGUCCUGUCUAACCUGCAUGGCCUCCUUCUGUCAGACUCACCUGCAGCCUCACUUUGAGAUAGCGGCCUGGAAGGACCACAAGCUGACCGACCCAGUUAGAAAUCUGAAGGAGAAGCUCUGUGUGAAACAUAACAGGAGUCUGGACUUAUUUUGUAAAACUGAUCAGACCUGCAUCUGUGUGAUGUGUGUGGUGAGCGGGCACAAUGGGCAUACAAUGGUCGAGCUUGAGAAUGAAAGAAAAGAAAAGCAGAAACAGCUGGGGGUGAUUCGGAUCGAAAUCACAAGGAGACUUGAGGAGAGGGAGAAGACCCUGCAGGAGAUGACGAGGGCGAUGGAGCAGAUGAAGAUCUCGGUGGAAAAAGAAGUGGAGGAACAGAAGAAAAGCUUCACUCAUCUGAUUUGCUGUAUUGAAGAAACCUGGAAGAAAUUAAUUGAGCGGAUCAGAGAACGAGAAAAGACAGAAAUGGAAAAGGCUGAAGGAGUCACGGAGCAAAUGGAGAAGGAGAUUGAGGAGCUGAAGAUGACAGAAACUGAGCUGAAGGAGCUUCUGGAAUCGAAGAACCAUUUCCGCUUCCUGGAGAUUUUCUCAUCUUGCUGUAUCCUUUCUGCUGAUGGAGACUCGCUCAGCUUCACUGUUACAACUGAUUUCUCUUCUGAGGAACUGAAAAAGGAGCUGGCAUAUCUGAGGAAGUGUCUGGAGAAGAUCAGCCAGUGGGAACUCAUGAGAUGGACAUCAGGUACAGUGUCUGGUCAUGUUGUGCCGAUUAAAGUCUAUUAA